UGCAAGACCUCGCAGACCACAACGCAAUUUGCCUACUUGAGCACAAGACGAUCUUCAUUCUCUUCUACGAUGUUCACUAGCUUCGCCACCGCCGUCCUCGCUUCCACCCUGCUAGCCGUCGACUUCCAGGCCUCGUCCGCUGCCGCCACCAACUACGCCGGCGGUUGGCUCGCAUCGGACCCCACCAACCAAUGCGUGGACAUUUGCUCGGCACCGUCCAAGACGUGCCUCACCUCGGACGCCGCCUGCCUCGCCAAGACGAUGGUCCCGGGUGACUUCGACUAUAUGGUUCUGGAGCAGCUUUUCGUCCCGCAGUUCUGCCGUGACCUGCUCAAGGGUGUCGACUCCACUAUCUCGCACCAGAACAUCGACGUGUACCCGAACGGCACGGCCUGCGUCGAGAGCGUGGUCAAGAGUGAGCUCACGAUCCACGGCCUGUGGCCCAACUAUAACGACGGCUACGUGAGCUGCUGCAACCCGAGCUCGACGGUGGUGAACGACCCGUACAACGCCGCUGACUUCGCUGCCGCGCAGAGCACUCUUCUCGCCACAAUGGGUGAAAAGUGGGUGGACGCCACGCAGGCCACCACGUACGAGUCGCUGUGCGAGAUCUACAACCACGAGUUCCAGAAGCACGGUCUCUGCUACGCUGCGGACGGUGAUGACUACAUCUCGGCUGCCGUCACGUACUUCACAGCUACGUUGAAGACGGCGGAUCGCAUCAGCUCGGCUACCGAGCAGAUUAACAAGUGGGCCGCGCAAUCGACACCGCAGACGACUCUGGCCGAGAUUGAGGCUCUGUACGACCACAGCGUCAUGGUCUUGUGCUCGGCCGUAGAUGGCAACAACCAACUGUCGGCUAUCCGUACGUGCUACGAGAAGCCCACGAACAUCACGAGCGAGGGACCGACCACGCAGAUUGACUGCGCUGCUGCGACGGCCACUUCGGCAUUUUCCGUGUGCUCGGGUGACUCGCCUAUCACUCUGACCGCGUACACGGCCCCGACGUCGGCUUAAACCCAUUGAAUUCGGACAAAAUGAUAGAGCGAAGGUGCUAGUAACUUUUAGUAUAAAGUUCAAUGAGUUGCUUCAAGUGCAUUGUCACACCU